UGGCUUAACCGGCAACUUGGAAGAGGACAUCAUCUAACUGAACUUAACACAUUUCUGCUUCAUCCGGUACAGGAAAAAAUGGCAGCUACUCACAACUUAUCUUCAGCUGCACUUUCAUCGUCUUCAUCCGCUUUCUUUUCCCAUUCCACUUUCAAUGCCAAGAAUCCGACGGUAUCGUUGCCGUUGCCGGGAAAAAGCGCUGGCGUUUGCAAGUGUGUUGCAACGUCUCAAGAUUUCAAGACUGCCUACAAAACAGCGGUCUCUCGAAAUGCGAACAUGGCCAAACUUCAAGCUGGAUAUCUUUUCCCUGAGAUUGCAAGGAGAAGGAAUGCGCAUUUGCUCAAGUAUCCUGAUGCGAAAGUAAUUAGCCUUGGAAUUGGUGACACUACUGAGCCUAUUCCUGAGGUUAUUACGUCGGCCAUGGCAAAGAGAUCACAUGCAUUGUCCACACUGGAGGGUUACAGUGGCUAUGGGGCUGAGCAGGGGGAAAAGCCAGUGAGAACUUUAAUCGGCAAAACAUUUUAUGGCGACCUUGGCAUAGAAGAAGAUGAUAUCUUCGUCUCUGAUGGUGCAAAAUGUGACAUAACACGCCUUCAGCUUGUUUUUGGAUCCAACGUGUCAAUGGCAGUGCAAGACCCAUCAUACCCGGCUUAUGUGGACUCGAGCGUCAUCUUGGGGCAGACUGGACUGUACCAGAAGGAUGUUGAAAAAUAUGGCAAUAUUGAAUACAUGAGGUGUACACCAGAAAAUGGAUUUUUUCCUGAUCUAUCUAAGGUUCCCCGGACAGAUAUCAUAUUUUUCUGUUCACCAAACAAUCCUACCGGCUCUUCUGCAACUAGGGAACAGCUGACCCAAUUGGUGCAGUUUGCUAAAAAGAAUGGAUCAAUUAUAGUCUAUGAUUCUGCAUAUGCAAUGUAUAUAUCGGACGAUAAUCCAAAAUCUAUCUUUGAAAUUCCUGGAGCGAAGGAGGUUGCAAUUGAGACAUCAUCAUUUAGCAAAUAUGCUGGAUUUACUGGAGUUCGUCUUGGUUGGACAGUUGUUCCAAAGGAGCUCCUGUUUUCUGAUGGAUUUCCCGUUGCUAAAGAUUUCAACCGCAUUGUUUGUACUUGCUUCAACGGUGCAUCCAACAUUGCCCAAGCUGGGGGCUUGGCUUGUCUUUCACCAGACGGGCUUGAGGCUAUGCGUGGGGUUAUUGGGUUUUACAAAGAAAAUACUAGUAUCAUAAUGGACACAUUUAACUCGCUUGGAUUUAACGUGUAUGGAGGGAAGAAUGCUCCGUAUGUGUGGGUUCAUUUCCCUGGCCGGAGUUCGUGGGAUGUAUUUGCUGAGAUACUGGAGAAAACACAUGUCGUGACAACACCUGGAAGUGGUUUCGGACCUGGUGGUGAAGGAUUCAUCAGGGUAAGUGCUUUUGGUCACAGGGAGAACGUUUUGGAAGCCUGCAAAAGAUUCAAGCAGCUAUACAAGUGAAAGAGGGGAAAAAAGUGAUGCAGGUGGAUGAGAGAUUUAAGUCAAAGGUACCAUCCUUCUACUAUUUAUUAAACUCUUGUAAUUGUGCAUCCAAGUUGUAAUACAUGUUUUUGACAUCUGUCUUUGGCAUUUCAUUUUCAUUUGAAAUGUACAAAGCAAUUGCAGUCUUAGUUGGAGGAGAUUCUUUGCAUUGAGGUCUGUAUGGAGUACUGGGGUAUCUUUCUCUUUCAAUGAAUAAAGUUAUAUUUCAAUCACAUUAUUAGUUAAA